AUGUCAAUGCACACCUCCCUCCGCCGCACCGCGGCCACAAUCACCAACUCAACAACCACCAUCCUCCCUACAAGACUCCCCACGCAAUCGAGCGGCACAACCUUCGUCUGCUCUCAAUGCCGACACGCAACUCUCCUCCGUCGCCCCAAGCGCCCCUACACCUUCACACAGCUCAUCACCCUCUCUGACGGCAGCACCUUCACGCACCGCACGACCUCCCCGGCCCCGAUCUACCGCUCCACGCGCGACACGCGCAACUCCCUCCUCUGGAACCCGUCCAGCAGCAAGCUGAUGAACGUCGAGGAGGAUGAGGCCGGUCGUCUCGCUGCUUUCCGUGCCAGAUUCGGUCGCAGCUUUGAUGCCAGCGCGCCUGUUGUUGAAACAGAGGCGGCUAAGGACCCUGUUGCUGCUAAGCAGGCGGAGGCGGAUGCUCAGGCUCAGGCUCAGGCUAAGGCUGAUCAGGAGGAGGAGGAUAACUUGCUUGAUUUGAUUAGUGCUUUCGGACAGAAUGAGGCGCCGCCCCCGCCUGAGAAGAAGACUCCUAAGUUCACUGGAAAGAAAUAG